AUGGGGAAACCUGCGAUGGCAACCAAACCAGUAACUAAAGUGAAAGACGUUACCCUGCCCAUGUCCACUGACAACUUAUCUAAAAUGGGGAAACCUGCAAUGGCAACCAAACCAGUAACUGAAGUGAAAGACGUUACCCUGCCCAUGUCCACUGACAAUUUAUCCAAGAUGGGGAAACCUGCGAUGGUAACCAAACCAGUAACUGACGUGGAAGACAUUACCAUGAUCUCUAACCCUAAUACCAAAUUGGAGGGGUCUACGUUAUCUACACAUACUAUUUUUAGGAUGGAAAAUAUGAGGUCUGCCCAUGUAAUGAAGGGAACUUCAAAAGUGACACCAGCUUCAACUUUGGGAACACGCAAGCCACCAACAGAUGUUCUUAGCGACAUAGCAACUGUCACGACAAGAACCCCAGCCACGAUAAGCGCAACCCCAGCCACCACAACUGCAGCAACCCCAGCCACAACAACUGCAGCAACCCCAACCACAACAACUGCAGCAACCCCAGCUACAACAACAACAACAGAAUCCUGA